AAGAAAUAUAUUUACAAGCAAUACGAUCAGGCAACAAACAUUUACCUUCUGUGGUAGUGCGAUUUUGGUAUAAAUAUGGUAGGCUAGCUGACUGAGUAGUUAGUUCUAUCUGGUUGUACAUCAGUCAACAACACCCGCUCUCAUCAUGAAAUUGCUUGUGUGCCUUGCUCUGGCCCUCGUCGCCGUCAGCGCCAGACCCCAGGAUGCCACCCCCAUCCCCAUCCUGCGUUACGACAACGAAGGUGUCAACCACGAUGGCUCCUACGAAUGGGCGUACGAGACCGGCAACGAGAUCGUGGCCAACGAGAAGGGCUACGUGAAGAACCUUGGCGUCCCCGACCAGGAGACCCAGGUUGCUGAGGGAAGCUACAGCUACACCGCCCCCGAUGGCCAGCGCAUCACCGUCACCUACGUUGCCGACGAGAACGGAUUCCAGCCCCGUGGCGACCACCUUCCCACUCCCCCUCCCAUCCCUGCCGCUAUCCAGCGCGCUCUUGACUACCUUGCCACCCUUCCCCCUACUGACCAGAAGAAGUAAGCGCGACUGCAACAGCAUCCAAUGUAUGUUACAAUUGUAUUGCUCCAGCAUGAUGCCAAUAAGACUUGUCAGAUAAAAGUGUACAUACUCAAAAUGUUAAAAUGCAAAGCAAUAUAAUAUAAUUAUUUAAUACAAACACGAAA